CAGGUGACACCCCCACCCUCCGGCCGCGUCUCCUGCUGCACAUUCCUCCCACCGCGGGGCUGGGCUCACAGGGCCCCAGCCCGCACGCCCGCUUAAAGUCCUCGCCACGCCUGCCCUCGCGCAGUCCCAGCCGAGGCUGAGCGUGCACCUUGGGGUCACCAGCAGCGCCCGUUCUGAGGGGCCGCAGAGACCAUGUCUGACACAGAAGAGGCAGUGGAAGAAUAUGAAGAGGAGCAGGAAGCAGACGGAGCCGUGGAAGAUCAGGAAGAGGCAGCAGAAGGUGAGGCCGAGGCUGAGGCCGAGGACCAUGCAGGAGAAGAUGGACAAGAAGAGGAAGCUAAAGAGGCUGAAGAUGGCCCAGUGGAAGAGUUCAAACCCAAGCCCAGGCUGUUCAUGCCCAACUUGGUGCCGCCCAAGAUCCCCGAUGGAGAGAGAGUAGACUUCGAUGACAUCCACCGGAAGCGCAUGGAGAAGGACCUGAACGAGCUGCAGACGCUGAUCGAGGCUCACUUUGAGAACAGGAAGAAGGAGGAGGAGGAGCUCGUUUCACUCAAAGACAGGAUCGAGAAACGGCGGGCUGAGCGAGCCGAACAGCAGCGCAUCCGGAACGAGCGGGAGAAGGAGCGUCAGACCCGCCUGGCCGAGGAGCGGGCGCGGCGAGAGGAAGAGGAGAACCGGAGGAAGGCCGAGGACGAGGCCCGGAAGAAGAAGGCUCUGUCCAACAUGAUCCACUUUGGAGGCUAUAUCCAGAGGACGGAGCGGAAAAGUGGGAAGCGGCAGACAGAGCGGGAAAAGAAGAAGAAGAUUCUGGCGGAGAGGAGGAAGGUGCUGGCCAUCGACCACCUGAAUGAAGAUCAGCUGAGGGAGAAGGCCAAGGAACUGUGGCAGAGCAUCUACAACCUGGAGGCCGAGAAGUUCGACCUGCAGGAGAAGUUCAAGCAGCAGAAAUACGAAAUCAAUGUUCUCCGGAACAGGAUCAAUGAUAACCAGAAAGUCUCCAAGACCCGCGGCAAGGCCAAAGUCACCGGGCGCUGGAAGUAGAGGCUGCAGCCUCCUUGGGGGCCAGGCCUCCUUCCCGGAAGACCUGCUCCUCGCUGUGUCCUCACCCUGCACGCCCCCAGCUCCUGGGCACCAGAGGCAGACUCUUCUGGAAGACAGGAGCCAGCCCAGCUGGAAGCCUUCACUCACGCCUGACCCCCACGUGCCCACAGCACGCCCGUAAUAAAAAGCCACUGCACAUCGAA